GAGCAACUCAUCAUGGCCGCAGAAGCUGGUGUUGCAGCGGCCUCUGCGGCUGCGGUUGGUUUCGGACUCUUUGACUACAAUCGCGCCAACUACCUCUACGAUGCGGAGUUCCGAUUUGAAAGGUUCAACACAGGACGCGAGUAUGCCGUGGAGCAGUCAAACCAGUUCCGCAAUGACUUGAGAACUUUGUCGGCUUUGACGAUGGUCAAAAACAACCAGUAUGCUGGCCUGGCUGCUCUGGACAUGGCGCUCUGCAUUGCGCUGUACUGUGCUGGGCGUCUGGGUUUGCACGGACCCUCUCCCCCUGGUUGGAUUAUGGGGCUGUGGCUCACAUGCAACGCUUCUUCAUUUGCUUUCAUGGCGCUGGCGAUCCUGAUGGCGCUGCAUGCGUCCUAUCGUGCACAGGCUGCAUCAGCCAAUUUGCUCACCCGCAAGAUCAGGGUGCCAGUCCCCUCCAUGAGGCAGCUUGAUAAGGCACGACGAUUCAGCUCCGAGUUCGAGCAGCAGCAAUGGAGUGACAUCUUGCGUGUGCCCUACCUGACAAAUCCUGGCGUGCCGAAGACGGAUGAGACGUCUGCCAAGAUUGCAGGUUCUGCAAGCAGGGCCCGUUCAGCCUCCCCCGGCCGCCGAAGCCGCUCCUCCAAAGCUUCUUCGUGGAUCCGCGAGGAGUUCGAAACCGAUCGAGCAGGGACCGUUACAGGCACCAUGGCUCCGGGCGGCCUGUUGCCUGCAGAUGCUGCGCCAGAACAUUUUCGCUUGUAUGCGGCAGUCCAGAAGGAGUGGUUUCAGUAUGACAUUUAUGCCCGCGUUUGUAUGCUUCUUGGCUUCUCUGCCUUCGUGCAGUCCCUGGCCUUCUAUGGAAAUGGUCACAUCAUUGUCGAACUUCGUGCCUUUUAUGUUGCUCACGCGACAGCCUUCGUGAUCGAGGUGCUGCAUGUUCUCCUCCUCCGCUUCGACAUAAUUCAGGGCCGUGUGAAGUCUACAGACCGUACCCCUGCAUGGUUUCUCUGGCUGGGUCCUGUCUCAGUGGCUUUUGCAACGAUUGGCAUGUCCCUGGACUUCAGAACCCAGUUCAACAUUGUGGCGAUCGUUUUCACCUGGAUCUGCAUAUUUGGAGCGUACAUCUGCCAGUUCUGCUAUCAGCUCCGCAUUCUGGAAGUCAUUUUGCCAGAUGAUGUCCGCAACCCCCUGAAGAUUGAAGAAAACAUUGGCGAUGCCUGGUGGCCUGCUUCGUGGCGUUGCCCCUCUGCUUUCGCGCACGUCCUUUACUUUGUGGCGCCUCCGAGCCGGCUGCAGCCUGGACAGUUCGACCUGGUCCGCGAGGUCAAAGAUGGUCCGCAAACGGAUGCCUUCGAAAGCGCCGGUGUUCCAGGGCUUGAUUCAAAGCCUGUGGACACCAGUGAUGCGUCUGCCAAUCCAGGUAUGACCGCUGAGGAGAUUGCAGCCCAGGUCCAGUACCUGGACCGCUUGUUUGACUACUUUAUGUCUGACCAAGUUCAGAGCCAGAUGUCGGACUCGAGCAAGCAGCGGGUGAAGGACCUUUUCUCGGAUUUCUCAGCUGCACGACGUAAAGGUGCUGGUCCCGAGGCUGUUCGAACUUUUACCGACUGCCUCAUUGCCCUUGAGGGCGUGCAAGCCAUGGAGGGGUUCAGCAAGGAAGGAGAUCUUGGCACGGACACGGGCUACACAUCAACAGGCAGCAUGGGCAGCUCGGGCAGCUCGGGCGAGGAGGAGGAUGAUGAGGAAGCAGUUAAAGGAUACACCUGGGAUGGCCGUCGCUUGUGGAAGACGGACGCUGCAGUGCGCCUUUUCUCGAAGAAAGGGAAUAUCGAACCUUGGCGCUUGAUCAACGUGCUGCAGCUGGUCAUCUGUGGCGCAUGGGCAUUUCUGAUUCUGGCAAUGGUCGUGGACAUCUUUAUCGGCGAUCAGGGCCUGGUCACAGCACCACACUGGUCGCGACCUCCCAUGUCGCGUCUAUCUCUGGAGCCUCAUGAGCUGGGAACACCUUUGGGUUUUCCCUGGUACGCAGGCGCAAAGCCCUGGCUUCCAGAGCAAAUGGCCUGGCACGAGGAAAAGCGCGAGGCUAUGAGCGGCUUCAUUAGCGCACCCCAUUCAGGUCAGGAGGAGGGAGGCGGCGGCCAUUCCAAUAUCCACAAAGGUGAGGCACGUCGCUUGUCUGGUGCAGAUGCUCAUGCCUCGCCUGUGCGCAAUGCUUUGCGCGACAUCUUGGAGCUCCUGCCAGGAUCGCAGCCAGCCCAAGAAAGGCCGGUGCAAACCACAUGGCCGAGAUUCUUCGAGCCACGCAUCUUGGCGUGCGGAGCACAUGGUGUUGCUGCCCUGACGCCUCGGGGUGUAGGUGCCCUGGUUCCAAUGGCUGAAUCACCUUCCUGCGCUUUCUGCAGCCUUUCAUCCUGA